ACUGGCUGCUGUUCUUUAAGAUCACCUGUCACUGCCCUCUGCGGUGGGUUUAAAGGUACAAGCUCCUGAAAUGGCACACACAACAGCUCUUCCCUCUUCUCCUCCGCUCACAUCCCGAAACAAGAAACGUCGCAUACAGUGGGAUAUGGGAGAUUACGGAGAUGCCAUGGUGUCCGACGAGACAUGUGUUCCCAUGUUCUCAGCAUCGGACAGCCAGAGGAUGAUGUCUUGCGAGAAUCCGCCUUUUCCAGGCGGCCUGGAGUUUGACGAAACAAUACUCAAUAACCAACUGCAGUUGCAGAAUGACCUUCCCGGAUUCCUUCCAUUGGCAUCCAACGAGAGCCCCUAUGGCGUGAUGGCCACAGACAUCCCUUACCCCGGAGGCAUGAACGCACCAGUCGCACCAGGAGUCAAUAUACCCUCGAACCAAGACCUCCGCCAACUGGACCAACUCACCGAAGAAUUCCCACUCACCAGUCCAUCAACACGGCGGCAGAUGGGGCUCUACUUUUCCCGACCCCGCCGUACCCCCGGACAGCAGUCGGACCUCAAUCUCAAUCUAAACAACCAGGACAACCAAAUCAAACAGUUCAAGCGACGCAAGUCCCACAAUAUCGUGGAACGCCGGUACCGGGUGAAUCUGAAUGGAAAGUUCCGCCAGCUCGAGCAGGUCGUCCUGCAAGGCACUACUUCGCCGUGCGACUCGUCCCCUUGCUCGUCGCAGCAGACCCCGUCUCCGAGACCGCCAUCGUCACCUCAGAAGGCUAGAUCCAAGGCCCGUAUUCUGGAUGGUGCGCUAAACUACAUUGCGAGUUUGGAGAACGAGAUUAACUCGUUGAAGGAGAGGACGGAGGGAUCAAAGGGGGGACUAGCAGAGGGGAGAAUUUGCGUUGAAGGACCAGAAGUCAAAUUUUAAUUCGGAGCGUGGUGAAGAGAUGGCUCCUGAGCUGUGUAAUGUUGGCUGGUUGUAUCAGCUAGGGGUCUAUUUGGUGAAGUAUAAGAACUAAAAUCAACGGCGUUGGGAAGGUCAUUAGGAAAGAUCGUGAAAGAGGUCAUGUUUGAAAAUGCUAUCUGUUGCCCAUUCCGGGCUGCCUCCUAUGUUACAUAAAUGAGAUUAUGUGUCCAGACUGUAUACCCAAGACCAAAGACAGACAUAGUCCUAUCCAGCGUUCUUUUGCUAUAUUUACGACGGCACAGGCCAUGAACUGUCAAGGGACUGGCCGCUACCGACAAUCUGAUGAACAGUAUGUCGAGUAGAUAUGCCAUCAGACAGGUCCAAU